AUGGAGAAGGAAGCAGAGAGAGAAGAUGGUGGAGAAGAAGUGAAAGGGAUGAAGACUGCAGAUAAAGAAGAAGGAAUAUCAGAGCAGCAACAACUUCAUUGUAGAAUGUGUGGACAGAUCCAUUCAAAUGCCUUGGAAUUUGAAAGUGAAAGGAAGCAUGUAAAUUGGUUGCGGACUUUUGCGGUAUGGGAAGCUAUAUCAGUAGUAGGGUGGUUCAUGAUAACAGUUUUAUGGUUUCAAUACAUGGGCCUAUUUCUAAUAUGUAUUGGGAUGGCUUUAGAUCAUGUUUGCAGUCUUUAUAGUGAACUAAUUUUGAGGGCUAUAGCACGGUUUGCAUGGUUUGAUCCAAUGGUCCAUGGUGCAAAGCUAAAACUAGCAUGGCAUAGUAAGAUGCAUCGAAAUCAGAAGCAUGAAGUUUGA